UGCUCACUCACGAAAGGUGUGUGGCCGCCAAUCUCAUACGCCAAUGUUGCUCCUGAGCUGGUGAAUGGAAAUGGACGACCGACGGCGGGGCAACAUCCAUGGCGGCCGUCCACGGCCUGACCUGCGAAGCCCCGAGCAGCUCACCCAGAACGGGUUCGACCUCGAUGCUGAACCUGGAAGCCAAUGGUCGGGCGAUUAUUACGACCGCCGAGCGACACGAGCUCUUGGUCCCAAUGGCGGCUCACGUCAAGACGAAGACGAUUCUGAUGACGGCGAGGCAUUCCCACCGCAACGCGUUGACUGGGAGGCCAUGAGAGCUGGCGCCAACAUGGAGGAGUAUCUACGAAGCCAGCCCAUCCCGGAGUAUUCUGACGAGGAGGGCAUCAGCAUGCCACUCGAUGACCUUGGCGAGAUCUCUGGCACCGACACUAGUGUUGAGGAUGGAGAAAACGGCGACCAAGUCGGUGACCAACAAGAUGAGCCCGAAUUCGACCCCCUCGCUGUCGGUCUGAAAGAGAUUUCAAAUCUGGGGAAAUUCACCGUCAGCAGCCACAAGCAGGGGAACGGCGUCGACCAGCUUCGCGACGACAGCUUGAAAACCUAUUGGCAAUCCGAUGGUCCUCAGCCGCACAAGCUUACAGUCUACUUCAUCAAGCGAGUCGGCAUCAGGGACAUUCGCUUCUACGUAGACUACAAUGAAGAUGAAUCUUACACACCAACCAAGAUCAUCUUCAAGUCCGGUACCAGCGAGAACAAUCUCAUUCAAUUUGCCACAAUGGAGCUCUCGACACCAUCUGGCUGGCAGAUCGUUCCAGUCGACGGCGCUGGCGGCGGCCCCGACGGCAACACGCUGGUUUCCUACGUGUUCCAAAUGCAGAUACUUGAGAAUCAUCAGAACGGCAAGGAUACGCACCUUCGUUCUAUCAAGAUCUACGCCGCGGACACGGACACCCCUAGCAUCGACGCGGACAUAUCGAACCGCCGAGCUGUGAGUGAGGAACCAGACGAGGAACCUACAGACCCCUGGGAUCUCUCCGUUCUCGAGGCUGGCCUGUCUGUUCCAGAUUUCAUGAAGGAACCAGAGAUUCGAUGAGUCAAUGGAACUUGCUUCUUGAUCCACGAAGUCGACACUCGAGUGAGCCACAGCCUCGGCCAAUUUGGCUGGACAUGUCACUCAAAGGGCGAGGGCGUUAGCGUGUUAUGGGCUGCAUAUGACACUGCAAUUAUUCUUUUUGCUGUAAUGAUACCCAAA